CAAGUAUUUCUUUCCUCUUUCAGUGUGAGAUGUGUAGACAGCCCACUGGAUAUGAGUUCCCCCUGGCCCGCUGUAAUGUUCAAUGACGAAUAUCCUUAGCCAUGACGCGGUAUGAUCGGCAGGAGGAGGAGGCUCAGUAUUUUGAGAGAGAGACUUGGGGCAGGUCGGAUUCGGCUGUACUCUGGAGAUUGUCCCUGGCUACUUCAUCCUAAGAAAGCAAACACACUUCUAUCAAUAUGGCAAGUAAGAUGAUGGAAAAUUUUGGGAAGAAGUUGAUUCGUAGACGAAUUGUUGACUGCAACACAGAUGAAACUCGGUUUGUCAGAUGUCUGACAACAUUGGACCUAAUUGCUCUGGGGGUUGGCAGUACUCUUGGGGCAGGUGUGUACGUUUUAGCAGGUGAAGUAGCCAGGGACAAGGCAGGUCCCGCUAUUGUCCUCUGUUUCUUGAUCUCUGCUCUUGCCUCGGUACUUGCUGGCCUGUGCUAUGCUGAGUUUGGUGCCAGAGUUCCCAAGACUGGAUCUGCUUACCUCUACAGCUACGUGACCGUGGGUGAAAUAUGGGCUUUUAUAACCGGCUGGAAUUUAAUCUUAUCUUAUGUACUGGGCACAGCAAGUGUCGCUCGAGCUUGGAGUUCUACAUUUGACAAUCUCAUUGACCAAAAAAUUUCAAUUUUCUUUGGAAAUUACCUGAACAUGAAUUUUCCUGGUGUGCUUGCAAAAUAUCCAGAUAUAUUUGCAGUCAUCUUAAUCUUGCUUCUCACAGCUCUUUUGGCAUUUGGAGUGAGUGAGUCAGCACUAGUGAAUAAAAUCUUUACUGCCAUAAACCUAAUGGUCCUGUGCUUCGUCAUUAUAACGGGUUUCGUGAAAGGUGACAUCAAGAACUGGCAACUGACAGAGUCUGAUUACAAUGAGACCUACAUCAACAGUACUGAAUCUGAAGCAGGAAAUUUUGGUUCUGGAGGAUUCACUCCAUUUGGAUUUUUUGGAGUUCUCACAGGAGCUGCAACUUGCUUCUAUGCCUUUGUAGGAUUUGAUUGUAUUGCAACUACAGGAGAGGAAGCAAAAAAUCCUCAGAAGUCAAUUCCUAUUGGGAUUGUGGUUUCCCUGCUGAUCUGUUUUGUGGCCUACUUUGGUGUAUCUGCUGCUCUCACACUCAUGAUGCCUUACUACAUACUGAACAAGAAAAGCCCACUGCCCGAAGCCUUCCAAUAUGUUGGCUGGGAACCUGCACGCUACAUUGUAGCUGUUGGCUCUCUCUGUGCUCUCUCUACCAGCCUGCUGGGCUCCAUGUUCCCUAUGCCUCGUGUUAUAUACGCAAUGGCUGAAGAUGGAUUGCUUUUCCGUUUCUUGGGGAACAUGCACAAAAAAACUAGGACGCCAGCGCAUGCGACCAUUGUUUCUGGCAUUGUUGCUGCUAUCAUGGCUCUGCUGUUUGACCUGGAUGUUCUGGUUGACCUCAUGUCUAUUGGUACACUUCUUGCCUAUUCCCUGGUGGCAGCUUGUGUUCUUAUCCUCAGAUACCAGCCUACUGAGCUCCUCAAAUGUGAUUUGUACGAAAUGACUCAAUUUGGAGAAAACAAAAGCAGCCUGACAAGCCAAAUGAACAAUGAGGAUUAUCAGGCUGAAGAGAAUACCUCAGUGAGCUUAAAACUACUAUUCUACCCAGAACAACACACCCCAACUAAAUGUUCUGGAUUAAUUAUUUAUAUCAGUGUUGGAAUCCUCUCGAUUAUUUUGACAUGCAUUUGCAUUGUACUGGCGAAAUGUUACAAGGAAUUAUUCAACGGACAUGCCCUCUGGGUGACACUACUUGUGAUGCUCUGCCUGGCUGCUGCUGUUAUUACUUUUAUUAUGUGGAAACAGCCACAGAACAAUAUGUCACUUUCUUUUAAGGUACCACUCCUUCCCUUCCUACCUGUUGUCAGUAUGUUUGUAAAUGUUUACCUGAUGGUGAUGCUGGAUUUGGGCACCUGGGCCCGCUUUGGAAUUUGGAUGCUUAUAGGUUUUGUCAUCUAUUUUAGUUAUGGAAUCAGGAACAGCUCCGAGAACCAGAGAUCCUCUUUCACUCCUGUGGGUUUGGGAAGCCAAGAGAAAAUGGAUAAAAUGCUUGACUGCAACACUCUACUUUCUAUGGAAAAAAUGAAGGAAACAUCAACAGCAUGAAAGCAAAAAGAUUGAAAGGAGAGAUCCCUAUUCCCAUUGCUGAAGUGUGCAUUUCCUUACUAGCUGUAUUCAAUAAUGCUUGUUUUUUUUUUUUACUUCUAUGGAAGUGAGCUAGGCUGUUAUCAAUCAGGCUGCACAAACAAAAUUACACUCAGUCCAGCACUGAUUAACUGGCACAAAGCUGUACUUGAGGUUAUGAUUAGGGUUUCCUGCUGGGAAUGCUGGCCAGGGAUUGCCAGUACAUUUUUCUUUCAAUUUUUAUAAAGAUAAUCUAUUAAAAAAGAACAUUGGCUUGUU